UUAUUUAACGUUGACACAUGAUCAACAUACCCGCUCUGUCCUCCACAGCUCUUCCUGUUCACUGACGGUGAGGUGGGGAACACCAAGGAAGUCCUGGAUCUGGUGAAGACGAACGCUGGUUCUCACAGGUGUUUCUCCUUUGGGAUCGGGGAGGGGGCCAGCACUGCUCUCAUUUCUGGGGUGGCCCAGCAGGCCACAGGGCACGCGCAGUUUAUCACAGGACAGGACAGGAUGCAGCCCAAAGCGAUGCAGUCUCUCCGGUUUGCCCUGCAGCCAGCUGUGGUGGACAUCUCAGUCAAGUGGAAUGUCCCAAAGGGGGUGUCUGUCACGCCUCUGUCUCCACCAAUCAGAGUGGUCUUCCAGGGUCAAAGGGCAAUUCUGUAUGCCCAGCUCACUGGGGAGAGCUCAGGGGACACAGAGGGCUCGGUGACAGUGAAGUACAGCCUGGCCAAGCAGCCUGUUGAGAACCAGCUGAGCUUCAUUCUUAAGCCUGCAGAGGACACUGGAAUGGCCAUCCACAAGCUGGGCGCUCAAACCCUGAUCUGCUCCAUGGAGAUGGAAGAGAGAGAGGGGGAUAGGGGGAAAGAGGGGGGAGUGAAAGAGAAGGUGGUAGAGCUCAGUGUCCAAUCAGGAGUGAGCAGUGCCUUUACUGCCUUCAUCGCUGUCCACAAAGGAGAUGGAGAGGCCCUGCAAGGACAGCUGCUACGCAGACAAGUCCCCACACCGAACUUUGACUCUCCAGCCCCAACCUCUAAGCCUGUGAGGGACCUUCUCCUCCAGCUGAUCUCCCUUCAGAAGGCCUCUGGUUCCUGGGUCCUGGAGGCAGCGUUGUCUGAGGUGCUGGCGAAGACUGAGGAGGAGGUGUCCAAGCCAAAGCCUGCACAGGUGGACCAGGAGGUGUGGGCCACGGUCCUAGCCCUGGUAUGGCUCUAUGGUUUCAAGAUGGAGGCUCAGGAGGAUUGGCAGUUUGUGGCCAUGAAGGCUGUUUCAUGGAUCCAGGCUCAGAAAGUGGCCAGUGUGUCCGAGUGUGUCCAGGCUGGAAAAACCCUUCUGGGUUGCCAGGUGCAGAAGACACCCUGGGACUCUGAGAGGUUUACCCUGCCAGUCCUUUCUCUGUCCCCCACACGCCUGCUACUCUACCUGGGGUCAAAAACAUGCGUAACCCUGCCUGCUCCUAGUCCCCUCCUCCAAGCAAACUGGUGGAGCUAGCAACUGUACUGGCCUGAGCAAGCCUAAUUAUCAACCUCUUACCUAUAUUAGCCCAUUGGCAUUUACUGUUGGGACACUUAUGUAUCUCAAUGUAUUGGUUGUUAUUAACAUAUCAACAUUAAUCUACGUGUUACGUAUACAGCUAAACUUGUUUAGACUUUGCUUUGGUUAUCAAUUCCAUAUAGACUACUGGAUACAAUGUGUAUGCAGUACUUGUCAUCACUAACCAAAAUGAUAGCCUUAAUUUCUCCAAAUGCUUGGUAAAAGGCCUUAUUAUUGUAUGUAUGCAUUAUCCACGUAUAUGGGGCCAAAUGCAUGCAGGAAGGAGUUGUGGACAAUACGGAAAGCCAGAUGAGUGCCUAUCAUAGUACCUUUACUGUUUGAUCACGUAACACUGUCUCUCUGUAUUCAUGUAAUUCCUCAUAUAUGACUGUACUUGAUUAAAAUAUAUCUUAAUCUACA